UGAACCGUGGGAAGAAAAUAUGACAUGCAAGGAAUAGCUUUCCAUCGCGCAAUCGGUUGGUAGGAAAAAAGCGGUCCCAUUUCAGGCGAGUUACGCCUGAGAGAACCCAACGGAGCGGCUCUCCGAAGUACUCGUUUUGAUGUGUGCAAUGAUUGUUUGGCUAAAUUUUCACUCGACGUUAAAAGAACUAGAACGGGUUGUGAAAAAUCGCAGCAAACCAGUAGAAAACAGUGGAAAAGAGCAGAUUUCAUUGAGAACCAUUUCCGGUUGCCCGUGGUGUUGAGUUCUGCCGUGAAGAGACCGCUCUUCAGGACGAGUGUUUGGAUUUUAAAUCUCCUGGAAAAAAGAACCUCAAUCAAACCGGUUGUUUUGCUGGAUGUCCUCCCAAGUGGGAGAAAAUCAGUCAAAAGUGAAAAAGUUUUCUGUGCUCCGCUGAUUUCCCUGAACUCGGUCCAGCCUGCUCUGUUUGAACUAUUUAUCCGACAGGGGCGGCAGAGGGAAUAAAUAAUGCGAUUAGACUUCGGCUGCUUCGGAGUGAGGAGUGUUUAGUGUUCAAGGUCAGCAAGGUAGAUAAAUAAUACCCUUCGGUGAUUCACUCCCGGAAGAAAAGAACUAUUUUCAGCUUUUAGGUCCUUGUGUUGCUUUGGGGGUGGAAUAACUCGUUCUUGUUCGUGUGUUAGAGUGUACUGCAGCCACAGAACCUUCAAAACACGAAAAAAAACUCCAACCACUCGAAGAAAGUAGUUCAGGUGGGCAACAGAAAAAAACAACUACUGGUGAAGUGUUUCUGUGAAGAAAAGUUCCGUCCUAAGGGUCGGUAAGGCGAGCCCUUCUACAAUCAGCGAAGUGAUUCGAGUUGUUUCUUCUUACGCCGCUUCGUACUGCACAGUUUCCGCUGGAAGGCGUGGUGGAAAAUCGGAGCGGAAGGUGAUGUGAUUUUCGAUUUCCUCGAGUGAUAUUUCCUCCGGGUGAAAAGAGGAGCGAUGUGAUAAAGAAUUUGAGUGACGACAGGUUGGCUGGAUGUUUGACAAGUGAUGUGACAAAAUAAAUCGAUAGUGAAAUGUCGAGAAUGGAAUGGUGGUUAAAUCUAGAUGAACAACGGCGUUUGUUGUAUAUCUUACUGCUAGGCAGCUUCGAGGGGUUAAACAAGUAAUAAAUUCCUCAUCGAUUGGAAUUCCCAAACCCGGAGGCCAACCAACGUCCAUCAAUUCGAUAACAUGAUUUGAUUAUUACGUUAAUCCACAUGCCAAUAAGUUGCACCGAAGUGUAAUUAAAGCUGGCAGCCGUCGGGGACCCCCAGCCAGGAGUAAGACCAGUAGUAGUCGUACAUAGCACCAGCAGCAACAGCAAGGAUUCAAUGCAUUGUACCAACAACCGAGGACCGAUUGCGAAGCGGAGCGUGCAUGCAUGGUUGUACCAACGAGAGCACAGUUUUUAAUUUGAAAUGGACCGUGAGCUCAGGAAAUGUGUGGAAUGGAACAAGAGACUGUGGUGAGAAGAGAAUUAAGCAGAGAGAAGAAAAAAAACUGUAGGACUGUAUCAGCAUAAAUGAAAAUUAAGUGUAGUUUGGUGGCGGUGAGACAGAAGGCAGGCCAGAAGCCGUUCGAACUCGAAACAAUAAUAGUGGAAUAAUAAAGUGAAGUUUGAUUCGCUCGGGUGUAUCGGGUUUUGUGGAGAGAACCGACAACUUACACUAGUGAAAGAGGCUUUGAAAAGGGAAAACACACGACUACAAGCGCGGUUGUGUAGAGUUUCCGGCUCGUUCGUACGGUAUCCUGCCGCGUUCGGUAAUGUUCGGCUCGCACACAUACAACGGCGCUCGUUUCGGGUCUGCCGUGUAGACCGGGUGCGAAGUGGCAAACUCGUAUAUACAACUGGGCACUGGCAGCGAACAGUUUAGUACAACUUUAGACGCUCGCGACGAAAGAUGCUCGCUUGUGCUUCGUGCGCGUUUCAAUUGCAAUUUGCUGUGCCGAGCGUGUAACAAUCAACCAACCAACCAAACGGGGAAACAACAGCCUACUACGUGAAGAGUGUUUUUUCGGUAUAAGACGGGGGCGCGAGUGAGUCUAGGACCCGUAUAUUGAGCGAGAAAAUACAAGUGUUGUGUGAAGUUUAUUUUUUUUGUUCGUUUCGGUUGACACAUCUCGCCCGAUGGGAAUUUAAAACCGAGCUAGAACUUGUGCGCGACGGUGGAAGCUGCCCGGAUAAAAAGUGCGGUGAUACAAAGCGCAAAAAACAUGACGGAUUGGCGAACAUGAGAAAUUACAUGACAUAACAAAGUCUUUCAGCGAUAGCUUCUCGUGCUAGUAUAUCUUGAAUAAUUUAUUAUCGACGACAGUUUUGUGUUAUGGUGCAACAACAAAAAAACAGCUAUUCUCGACAGGCACCAGAAAAAUGAAAUGAUUUUAUCUUAAAUGGUUAAAAUAGCCGAUAGAAGCGAAGAAGUGGUUCAAAAUCAACUGCGACGAUUUCGUCCGGUCAGCCGAAGACGAAGAAGAAAGUGAGUGUGGCAAGCUGUCGCACAGAAGAAAACAAAUGAGUCUAAUUACGCGGAAAUCGGAGCUGGUGGCUCUGCCGGCACUUCUGCUGGUGCUGCUACUGUCGGUGCAGGUCAACUACAGUUUGCAGUACGAUUCGGCCGAGGCCCGCUACUACCCGACCAGUCCGGUGGAAUCGAACCUGCGGUACGAUGCCCCGGACGAUUGCAAGUACCGCAUCACACCCGACGAAGAGGUGGAGCUGGUGUGCAAUCUGAGAACCGUAAACAGUGAGUUUGAUAAUACGAACUUUAGUGUGAUACCUUCGGAGCAUACGGCAUCGCUGGCGGUGAUCUGCAACGAGGCGAUAAUGGCUCGCAGCAAGCUGCAGGCUAAAUCGUUUGCCCAUUUGCUGCGGCUCAAGAGCCUUUCGAUGGAGUACUGCAAGAUUGCCAAGUUCGAGAACGGGGUGCUGGAGGGGUUGAACGAUCUGAGGAACUUUAGCCUGCGGACGCAUAACAUCAACUGGCCGGAGCUGAAUCUGGAAAUCGAACCGGAGGUGUUUGGUCACACGAAAAACUUGGAGCAGCUGGAUUUGAGUAUGAACAAUAUCUGGUCGCUGCCGGAUCAUUUGUUUUGCUCGCUGAGUGGACUGCGGUCGCUGAAUAUUAGCUCGAACCGGUUGCAGGAUGUGAACGAUUUGGGCUUUAGGGAGAAGCCGGUUGUAAAGGAAGAUAAUAAUGGCACCCAUAAUGGGAGCUUGGUGAGCUGCAAUUUGGAUCUGGAGGAUUUGGAUGUAUCGAAGAAUCAUUUCGUUCUGCUGCCAGCUAGUGGAUUUGGUAUGCUGAAAAGACUUAAGCUGCUGAAGAUUCACGACAAUGAAAUUUCGAUGGUUGGCGAUAAGGCAUUGAAUGGGUUGAAGGAGUUGCAAAUUUUGGAUUUGAGUUCUAAUAAAAUCGUUGCACUGCCAACUGAUUUAUUCAAGGAUCCAGCUCAAUCGAUUCAGGAAAUUUAUCUGCAGAAUAAUUCGAUCAGUGUUCUGUCACCGGGGUUGUUUUCAAAGUUGGAACAACUGCAAGCGUUGGAUCUUUCGAUGAACCAACUGACAUCGGCUUGGGUCAAUCGGGAUACAUUCUCCGGUUUGAUUCGACUGGUGCUACUCAAUCUGGCUAACAAUAAAAUCACGAAGCUAGAAUCGGAGAUCUUUUCCGAUCUGUACACGCUGCAGAUCUUGAAUCUACGUCAUAAUCAGCUGGAAAUUAUCGCUGCUGAUACUUUCUCCCCGAUGAACAACCUCCACACGUUGCUGCUGUCACACAACAAAGUCAAAUACUUGGAUGCAUAUUCUUUGAACGGUCUGUACGCGUUGUCUUUGCUAUCACUGGACAACAACGUAAUGACCGGUGUCCAUCCGGAAGCAUUCCGCAAUUGUAGUUCACUGCAGGACUUGAACCUGAAUGGAAACGAGCUCACACAGGUUCCACUGGCCCUGAAGGAUAUGCGAUUGCUACGGACGGUCGAUUUAGGCGAGAACUCCAUCACAGUGAUCGAAGAGCCUGGUUUCCGUGGCAUGAACAAUUUGUACGGUCUACGCUUGAUCAGUAACAAUAUUGAAAACAUCACCCGAAAAGCGUUCAAGGAUCUGCCAAGUCUUCAAAUUUUAAAUCUGGCCCGAAACAAAAUUCAAUUCAUCGAAAAGGGUGCCUUUGAACCGGCUGUCAGUGUGCAGGCGAUUCGAUUGGAUGGGAACCUACUGACGGAUAUUGAAGGAUUGUUCACGGCGAUGCCGAAUCUGGUUUGGCUCAACAUCUCCGACAAUCGGCUGGAGCAGUUUGAUUACUCGCAUAUUCCCGCGCAUCUACAGUGGUUGGAUCUGCACAAGAAUGAACUGACCGAGCUGAACAAUCGGUACGGAUUGGACAAUCAGUUGUUCCUUCAAACGCUGGAUGCCAGUUUUAAUCGAUUGACGAGGGUGACUCCAUCGUCGAUUCCCAACAGUAUCGAGUUUCUGUUCCUGAACGAUAACCAGAUUGUACACGUGGAACCGCACUGUUUCAUUCACAAGACAAAUCUGACUCGGGUGGAUUUGUACGCUAAUCAGCUGACCGGGUUGGACAUAAAGGCACUGAGACUUCAACCGGUGCCGGAGGACAAACAGCUGCCGGAGUUUUACAUCGGUGGAAACCCGUUCGUGUGUGAUUGCAACAUCGAUUGGCUGCAGAAGAUUAAUCACGUGACGUCGCGGCAGUAUCCGACAAUAAACGACAUCGAGACGGUUUACUGUAAGCUGAUGUACAACCGAGAGCGAGCCUUCAUCCCGCUGAUCGAGGCGGAACCGAAGCAUUUUUUGUGUAACUACAACACCCAUUGUUUCGCGCUGUGCCACUGCUGUGAGUUUGACGCGUGUGAUUGUGAAAUGACGUGUCCGAACAAUUGCCAGUGCUACCACGACAACAGCUGGUCGACGAAUAUCGUGGAGUGUUCGGCCGCGGGGUACACGGACAUUCCGAACAAUAUUCCGAUGGACACGACCGAGGUGUACAUCGAUGGGAACAAUCUGGUGGAACUGUCCGGGCAUAGUUUUAUCGGACGGAAGAACUUGAGAGUGCUGUACGCGAAUCAUUCCAACAUUGAGAUUAUUUACAAUACGACAUUUAUCGGGCUGCGGCGGUUGACGGUGCUGCAUCUGGAGUUCAAUAAUAUUCAGAAGUUGUACGGGACUGAGUUUAGUGCGCUGGAAAGUUUGAGAGAGUUGUACCUGCAGGGAAAUAAGAUCUCGUACAUUGAGGAUCAUACGUUUGUGGAGUUGCGAAAGUUGGAAGUGCUUCGGCUGGACGGGAACCGGAUCAACAGUUUCGAGGUUUGGCAGUUGGCGUCGAACCCGUACCUGGUGGAGAUUGCGUUGGCUAAUAACAUGUGGACGUGUGAUUGUAGUUUUUUGAAUAAACUGAGGAUCUAUCUGCAGUCGAAUACGGAGAAGAUCAUCGAUGCUAAUGAGAUCAGUUGUAUUUACAAUAAUCUGACGAGUAUUUUGAAGGAGAAGAAUGGAACCAAGUGUACCUUCCGAGGUGAGGGGAUGAGUUCGAUUGUGCAUACGCAGGAGAUCGAGGAUAUGCUGCCGUUGCUUUUGGUAGCGACCUGCGCUUUUGUCGGGUUCUUCGGAUUGAUCUUCGGUAUGUUCUGCUAUCGGAAGGAGCUUAAAGUUUGGGCCCACAGCAGCUGCCUUGGGUCACUGUGCUACAAGUCCGGAACGUUUGUGAACGAAUACGACAAGGAUAGGUUGUACGAUGCGUACAUAAUCAACUCACUGCAGGACGAGCACUUUGUUAAUCAGAUUCUGGCGACGACACUCGAGAAUGACAUCGGAUUCCGGCUGUGUUUGCAUUACAGAGAUUUCAACAUCAACACCUACAUCGCCGAUACGAUUGUGGAAGCGGUGGAAAGUUCCAAACGUGCCAUCUUAAUUCUUUCGAAGAACUUCUUGUACAACGAGUGGACCCGAUUCGAGUUCAAGGGUGCGAUUCAUGAAGUGCUGAAGCGCCGAAGGAAACUGAUUAUCAUCCUGUACGGUGAUCUGCCGCAACGAGACUUGGAUGCUGAUAUGCGUCUGUAUCUGCGUUCCAACACCUGCAUCGAGUGGGACGACAAAAAGUUCUGGCAGAAGCUUCGAAUUGCGUUGCCGCACGUGAAAAAGAGCAACUGUUUGAACAAGCGAUCGGCGAUCAACAUCUACGCAACGGCCAACGAGUACAACACUGCCGGGCGACCACGAAUGCCCACCGCUGGGACGCUUCCAGCGCCGGGACCAGCAAGGCACGAGAACCACAGUUACGCUACCAUUGGCGGGAACUGCCCGAGAAACUGUGAUAAUUAUGAUACGGUUAGUAAUUGUAAAUAUAACACGACGCAGCACGACAGGCGGCUGAACGAUUUCAGCCGGAAGGUGACGGCGGAGAGACAGCACGAGUAUGCGGUUCCUUCCAACUGCCUGCUGGACACUACGCACGAGACGUACAACACCAGCUGCGAACGGAUCGCAGGGGAAACGUUUGAGUGCACCUCCAGCAGCAAGUAUUCAACGUCUUCGCGGGGCUCCAGCGAGUGUUCGCACUCGAUCACACCCACCCACGGCUAUGGUGGUGGUGGAGCGGUUGGUGGUCCAGCGAUACCAAAUGGAGGUCCACCCAACAUCCUGUCCACCACGUUCAUGGGUAAGGCCGAUCCUGGCGGGUACAAUAACGCCAGCGUGGCAAAUAAUUUGACUAGUAGUAGUUACAAUAGCAGUAGGAAACCGAACAACUGUGUUAACGGUUGCAAUGAUGGUAGCGGUAGCAAAGGUGAUAAGUCCAAAUCGAGCACGAUUGGAGACACGAACAAUUUCAAUGAUAGAAGACUGCCACAGGCGAUGUGGGCAUAACGAUUACUUAAAUACAGGUUAGUUAAUUAUUUUUAUCGUUGAACUACCGCGGGGACAGGCCCCCCGUCUAGCCAUAUGCUGCAAGCAGUCACACCUAAACUCGUAGUAAAACACGUCAAGUGAAGGAAGUUGCACACAUUACAAAUGUUACUUACUCAACCGUAGGCAGGCAGUUUUAGGGUGAUCUUAAACUCUCUUUCUCUAGCUCUCUUUAAAUGCUUUUUGGUAUUUUUUUAUGCGCUGCUCUGAUUCGAUUGCCAGGACUGUUUUCGCAGUUUGGUUGAUGGACUGCAUGAACGAAAAUACAUAGGCAAAACGAUGGCUUUGACCGAAUUGACAGCAUUGACAGAAUUGACAAUUUGACAGAAUUGACAGCAUUGACAGAAUUGACAGAAUUGACAGCACUGACAGAAUUGACACCACACAAGCACUAUACACUAAACCAAUAAUUUGAAUCACACAAUAUUUCAACCGGUCCUCUUUGAAUAUGAUGACCCGGUUAGAAAGCAAAUUUCCAAUGGUCAACUUGUUUACCUCGAGCAGCAGUUAGCUUCAAACUACUAUCUCAUCUUGACAAUUUUCUAUCGACCGCAAACUCAAAACGGGACAUGUGCAGUCUCAGAGCCUGUAAAGUCCACGCAGUGCCUUUAGCAGAAAACAAAGCAAAAAAAAUCAGAAUAUAUGUAUCACUCAGCUAGCAGUGAAACGACGCUUGAGGGAAUCUUGAAACACACAAAAGCCAAGAUUUCAUUCUCCCUCCCACACACCUCCCGCGCUCACACACGAGAAAGAUUAACAGUUAUGACGGCAGUUCAACAGUGAAAUAUGACAUACUGAAGCACUCACACAAAUCAAGCAAGGCGGGAAACGGAAAAUAAAAACCGAUCCCAGCAGCAGCAGCAGCAACAGAAGAGAAUAGAUCUUCCAGCGAUGAUCGUUCCCAAGCGAUCACCACAAUUCUAGUCACAAAAGAAGGAGACGCAGAGGAACUAAUUCUAAUCUCUUCAAAAUCAAUCUUGCAUUACGCUCGAUGAUUGAAAGCAGUUUUUUACCUUUCUCUUUUGUUCUGAUCCCGUCUCGCCAGAAAUCCCUUAAUAGAAUUCCGAAAAAGGUAAUCUGAUUUUUCACGCUUAGAUUCAAGCCAUUUUAAUCGUUGAAAAUAUAGCAAGAGAGAAUAGAAUGAUAUCGAAAGCACAAGAGACAAGCCUGUAAAUAUAGACCACCCUACUAACUAGUAAAAACUCACUCACUCACAGUACUAAACUCGCAAACAUAAAACUAUUAGAUUGAACUGCUUACAUUCGCGGAGAUUUCGUUUCCAUCGAAACUCAGAAGGAGAAAACGAGAAAGCACAACCACGCACCAUUUGUUCGAAAAAAUGCGUUUAAUGAAGGGGCAAUUUGCGUCUUCCUGCAGAGAAUCUGAUUUCUUCAGCGAAAUGCAAAACUCACACGUGUGUGAUUGUGUUUUUUCUCGUUUCUCUCCUCAUCCGGCUCUGUUUCCGAGCAAUAUUCUAAAAUCGGACCGAAAAGAGCAAACUUUAACAAAAUAAUCAUCAACUUUGCUUGCUGCGCGCAUAACACCCGACGAGAAACGAAUUUUAUAAGGAAAUCCAAUUGAAAACAAGUGCAAGAAAAGAAUUUACGACGAAACAGAAUAUUUCAAUUUGAUUACGAAUCACGAAACAGCAGAAGGUGAGAAUAACAUGGGCACCUACAAAUAAAAAAACAUAAGAGAGAGCUGAAAGUUUCGCUAACUGAAACUGGGUAGAGAACAACAACAAAAAAACAGUCGUAAAUUAGUGCAACCACACCGGAACUGAAUUGAUUUACAUUUUUUCUUUUCCACUUCCAUGAAGUUGUUCCCGCUAUUUAGUCACGAAACUCUUUAGCUGAAACAAAUUAGUCAGAUAGUCAGAGUAAUCCCCUCCUUCCCUUUUCUUUCGUUUGCUGGGGUAAGAGUAGAAAAAAAACUCGAUUUAAGUUCGUCCAAUUAAUUGCUAACAAAACUGUGCAGUUCAAAUGGCAGUGUAUAAUUGAACACAAGUUCCUCCAUAUUGGUGGAAGGUUAGGUUUCCUAUACGAAAGAAAAAGCUAUUAAGAAACAGUCGAUGAAAGAUACUAUUUUGUUGUGUUAUUUUUAUUACCUCAUUGAAAGUAUAACAGAAUGUAAUGAGAAUCCGUUGACAAGUGUAAAAUUCUUGUAUGUAAAUAAAGACAUUUUUGGAAUUACUAUCCUAGAGCUCUAACGCAUUAUGUAAAUAUAGAGAAGUUUACGACUUAACUGCUAGCAACUAAAAACAAAAUGGUAAACAUACAACACACUCACAAAUCUAAAACACUACUCAAAGCAAACCAUGAGAUACAAAUUGAUUCGAAAGAAACGAACAAAGUUACUCGCUCCUUAAAAUAACUUUACACAAAAACAAAAAAAAAGAUGAACUGUAAUAUAAUGAGAGUAUUUGUUGAAUAGUCACGAGCACGAGAGCAACUUGCUGCACAGUGGCGUAGUAAGAAAAUUUUUCGGGGGGGGAUAUGAAAUUUUUUUUGUAUAUAUAUGAAAAAAUGUUCAAAAACAUUCUGAGCAGGAAAAAAAUGUUCAAAAACCAACAACUCAGGGAACAGGUUUGGGUAGUCAAGGUAGGAAAGCUAGCUGUUGGUAUAGAAUAAAUGCUCUUCCCCUACGAGGACAAUCUAAGCGGCAAACUUCAGACUGUCUAAUUUACUGAGCCCUUCAGUUCCCUUGUGCCAUUCAGUACCACUUCCUCGUUGAGCUUCCGACUGAUUCGCGAACUACUUGGUCUAGUCCCCGACAAUAGAUCUAGCCUACUCCGACGAAAAGUUCCCCGGCGAGAGAAGUUCGAGCCAACCAGCCAGGUGCUAGGUCAGUUCGGCGAUUCCGGUAGAGUGGGCAUCCGGUUUGCUGGAGCCCCGGCGCGACUGGUGGUUUAUCGUCGCGGUCUAAGCGGUCUCGUUCCCGGCGGUGAAUCUGACUGUAAGCUAAAGGAGAGGUCCCAGACGAAAGAAGUUCUCCCGAUACCGAUUCUUAUUUGAUUUCAAUACCACAACUUCUUGAGCCCUUUGACUCCGUAACCGGUGCCAUUUAGCACCGCAACUCCUUUAAGCCUUUUAGUUCUCUUCUUGGGCCAUUUAGCACUACUUCCUUGAUGGUCCAUUCAGUCCUCGACUUGUUCGCGAACAACUCGGUCUAGUCCCCGACGAUGGACCUGACCUACUCCGACAGAGUAUUCCCCGGCGAGAGAAGUUCUCCCGAGAUCGAGCUAAUCAGUUAGGUGCCUAGUUCGGCGAUUCUGGUGAAGCAGGGUAUCCGAUGCACUGGUGCGCCGAUGACCCGCGACUAGCGGUGUCUCGUCGCUGUCUAUUCAGUCUAGUCCCCAGCGGUGAAUCUAGCUUACGCUAGCGGAGAGUUCCCUGGCGAAAAAAGUUUUCCCAAUAUCGAUUCUUCUUUGGUUUUCGCUAUUUUUCUAUCGGAACAACCGGUGGGGUGCCGUAGUCGGUCUGGCAAAUCUGCAUGGAGCGUGACAUCCGGUUCGCUGGCGUUUCGACGACUCAUACUCGCUGCUUUGUUGCAGUCUAAACGACUAGUCCUCGGCGGUGGAUCUAGCUUAUACCUGCGGAGAGUUCCCUGGUGGUGAUUGCUCUCCCGAAACCGUUGUUCGAUGUCCAUUUCGCUGUAAGGCAGUCAUGAUCUACAUCAGCGGUGUUCAACCUUUUAAGUAGCUCCCUGCACGUCACUUCAAACCUCGGACAUUCAAAGACUCUCCUCGGACAUUCAAAGACUUCAAACCUCGGACAUUCAAAGACGCUCCAGGCACAGUGUUGACGUUGCGUGCCCACACCGAUGAAGAUACUCCUUAAGCAGCCGUGGCUCGGUAGAAGCUGUUUCAGGUUGAAGGUCAUCUCUCCGUGCAUUCUAUUGACCCACGUCGACAGGUUUGGAUGAGCCAGUAGGUCCACUUUCCUUUCUCCGUAUUAUCCUAUGCCUGCAGCUACGUCAUCAUCGAAUCGAUUCUCAUCAUCUUCAUCACGUUUCUGACAUUUCAUUGAUUGUAGCACUUGAUAUCCUCCGUCAGGGUAAUGCAGAUGGGGAUCAUCUCGGCAUCAAGGCAUACUGCCUCCGGUACGCAAUCGCAACUCGUACGACCAGUAGUCGAAGCGUCCUGUUCAGCUUUUCGCGGUUUCACUUGGUUUUCAGCGCCGCACCCCAAGCAGUAUCGAUGACGAAACACUAGAUAAAGACCCGACAUUUCGCAUGUGUAAUCAACGUGGUUGUUUAAGCUCAAUCAGUCGUCGAUUAUCACUCCCAAUUGCUUCAGUGCACGCUUCGAUGCAUUCACGUGCCCUUCGAUGGUGAUCUGUAUCCGCUGAACCGCUUUUCAGUUGCUGUCCAACAACAAAACCGUCUUGUAGUGAGCUAUUUGCAGCUUGACCCGUUCAUCCAGCUCUCGAUCGCAUCGAUUGUCUCCGUCACCGAUUUUCUUCAAGUGUCUCACCGUUAGUGACACAUCAUCCACGAAACCAACGAUUUUCACUUUCCUUGGCAGCAGCAUUGUUAGGACCCCACACUGAUAGAAUAUAUUCGUAAAUCGCUAGGAAUUUAUUUCGUACAAACAACUUUAAUAAAAUAUACGAAUUUUUCGUAUAUAUGAUGUAGUUCUAUCGAAACCCUUUUAUUUUUUAUUACGAGUUUUUCGUGAAAACCACGAAAUGACUUUCGUUGGCUUAUUACGAAACAGCUUCAUUCAGCAAACGAGUCGUUCGCUGUUAUAUACGAAUAUCUUUAUAAUAUUUACGAGCACCAUUCGUCAAACCGUCCACGUCAAAAGAGCAAUAUGGAGCCAUUGUUGCUAUUCGUCAGAUAAUUGUUGUUGUCUGACUAUUUAGUAGUCGUAUCCGUGUCCGCCGGUUGCAGGAAGAUUUCCUGAACCUCUUUCGCUUCCAGUUGAUUCAGAAUCUGGAGCAGUACAGAAUCAGUUGAGCCGUCGUGAACUGCUCGUUGAUUUUGUAUGAAUAAUUUUGAGUUUUUCUCUGCCAGAUCGGUGCUGUCAAACAUCGAUCCUAAAAGAUCGAAUGCGACCAACGAAAUCGUUUGUAAUAUACAUAAGCGUUUAUUAAAAUAAAAGAAACUUUCGUUCAUCAAGCGGCCAUUUCUUCGUAUUACAAUAAAAGCGAUUUGGCCACAUCGAUUUUUUUAAAUAAAAAAAAACAUCGAUCCUAAAAGAUCGACUGAAAACAAUAAGAGGCCAAUAAAUACGAAAACUUUUCUAAGAUAAACGAAAAGAUUUCAUGCGACCAACGAAAUCGUUCGUAAUAUACACAAACGUUUAUUAAAAUAAACAAAACAUUUCAUUUCAUUCACGAAAAAUAAUGUCGUUAUCAACGAUAAAAUUCGUGCAGUGUACAUUAAAUGUGUAAAAUUUACGAAAACUUUCGUUCACCAUACGGCCAUUCUUGUUCAUGAAAUGAACGAAACUUACUAUUUACAAUGCACGAAAAUACUUCGUUGCAGAAAACGACGAAUGAAUUCGUGCAUUGCAUGAUUUAUUAUAUUCACGAAUUUAUAUUAUCAGUGCAUCUUACAUCCCAUUCCAAAGUGUUUGACAGAGAAUGGAGCCCUGAGUAACGCCCGCUGCGACUCGCAUUGCCGUCUGGUACAGCAGUGCUCUACUCUGGAAGUAGCUCUUCAGGAUCUGGCUCAUUCUUUUAUGGCACGCUGCGGCACUGGUCUAUUCGAGGCUGGAUGGCUCGGUGACUUCACUGACUUUGGCAGCAACAUCAGUUUCUGCACCUUCCUUAUUUUGGGGAUUACUUUCGUCUAAAGACGUCAGCAGUACCAUCCUGAACAUGUCCGGAUAUGCCAGGAUCGCAGCUUUCAGCACCACGGUUGGUAUUCCAUCCGGACCGAGGGUUUUCUUUGAUUUUAGUCACAUCGACGCUUCUUUGAGCUCGUCGUUAGUCACUUGCCACUCGGCUGUGUUACCUCCUUCUUCUUCGCCGUACGGUGUCGCUGACCAAGUAGUUGAAUCGUGAUUCGGGAAGAGACCCUCAACGAUUAUCUUUAGCUUACCCGGGCAUAUUUCAGCUCGUGUCGACGGACCCUCGUCUUCGUCAUGACGAAUCAGUACGCGUCCCCCAAGGAUUGGCGUUUAUUUCUCAGCACAGCUACUUAUGGCAAUUGGCUUGCUAAGCUUGAUCUCCCGUUUUAAAAAGUCCCUACCUUCUAGAUACGUCGCUUGCGCUCCUCCUUAUUCUCCGAUCUUGCGCUCUGAACCUGCCUUCUGGAUCUAAGACAAGCAGCGCAUAGCGUACUGAGUUACUCAUUUAACCAGUAAGCUGCACGCCGUCUACUACAUGGCCCUAGUUUUCGUGAUGUUGUAACGUCACAAGCCGUCACAAUCCUUCUAGCCGUCAGCCGUAUCAACGUACUUGAUUCCGUUGUUCGCCGAAGUAACUCAACAAAGAGGUUUUCGUUAAAGGCUUUCGUCUUCCACUUUAGCUUGCCGCCCGUCCUUCUUCGUGCUGCAGCAGGGUUCCAUUGGCCGAUAUGGUAGGGAAUCGCCUGGUGGCCUCCAUGGGGAUACUUCUCUCACACUCUCCAGUCCAUGUUCGCCGUCAGUCAAGGACUACAGAAUGUGGCGAAAUUUCUCUCGGUACCUAUAUCCGUUUCGUGAACUAUUAAGCUCCUAGCUCCUCGCUUCGCCGCGAUCUACUCGUUAUAGUCCUCGGUGGUUGAGCUAGCGUCCACAACGUGCCGACAGGUAGGUGUCCAGUCUGCAGCCAAUUUUCACUACAAGGAAAUAUUUUCACAAGAUAACUUUUGCAAUUGAAACGUUGAGAAUUUCAUUUAAAAUAUUAGGCAUAUUUUUGUUUAACAUAUUCAUUUUUUUCAAAUUUCUCCAAAAUAUUUCGGGGGGGGUUUCGUCCCCAAAACCCCCCCCGCUACUACGCCACUGUUGCUGCACCCAGUGGUGAAGAUAGCCGCCCCUCCCCCUGUAAAUAAUAGUGAACGGAUAGGCAUACGGAGAGAUAGUAGCAAACAAAAAAGAACAACUAGCACUCGUAAAAAAAAACUGAUCGCCGAAGAAUUGUAAUUAUUUUAGUUGAUAAGGCUCCCGAGGCGUUCCGAGAACAAAUUACUAAAUUACCAGAAACAUUCAAUACAAACGGGGAAAAGAAUUUUAAGAACGAAAAAUCUAUAAGAGACAAAAAUCAACAAAUUACGAAAAAUAAAAGCUAUUAUUUAUUUAUGAAAAUUGAAAA